AUGUCGCAGUUGCAGUGUUCGGUUGAGUUGGAGUGGCUGUCCGUCACAGGAGAGGUGAGGAAGAAAAAAGUUCUCAAGUCAACGAGUGCGUCUGUAUCGCAGGUUGGCGGAUUGUUUAUAGAAAUUGAACUGCCCGGGAAAAAGACCAAACCGGUUCGGAUCCCGGUCUCUGGUAAAGCGUCUGUUUUCCGCAAGUUCGUCAAGCAAGGUACGUAG